AUGGGCUUCUCCUUCAACCGAUUCAUGACCAAUGCCUUUCCGAACUUCGCCAACGACAACCCUGAGCGGGAUGCCGAUCUCACCACGGACGAGAAGGAUACGUUGUGGACGCAUCAGGUCACAAGGGCCGAGGCCGCGCAAAGGUGGCCCAUGACACUGGACGCCGGAAGCGCGCUGAAGGCAGGCAUAACUCCAAACGACAAAAUUUCCGCGCGCAUUCACAAGGAACUGGUCAAGAACGGCGUCAUCGACCCCUGCGCCCCGCUCGGCAUCGACACCACGAGGAUCACUCCGAAAUUCGCUCACCAGCUGGCCUUCAUCAGUGUCGCGGCGCAGCGCAAGGUUGUCGGCAUGCUGUUCUUCUGGGAGGAAGAGGCGAUUCGGUGGAGGCUGUUGGAGCAGGAGCAGGCCGAGAUCGAGACCGCCAUGGGCGUUGUCGAGGGGGGAGUCACGGAGGAGACGAAAAAGGAGCUGCAAGUUCGAUUGGAGAGCGUGCGGAUGAGGAAGGCCAUGAAGCCCAGCCAACGGCCGCCGGUGCACGGUGCAAGUUCUCAAGAGUCCUUGGGCUUGCCGCAGUACUCUUAG